CGCAGAAAAAGCGGCAGCAGACCGCAACCGAAAUUCUCGCCUUGGCCAUGGGUCGUGCGAUCUGGCUACAGUCUUCUCUACUCUCCCGCGCGCUCCUUCCCAUUCUCUCUCGCCAAACGGCACUCUCCUCUUCAGUUUCCUUCCUCAACCGCUUCGGCUCCACGGCACGGCGCACCUACUCCACUAACCACACCAGACUCCUCGUCACUCCGGUUCAGGCCCAGGCGAAGCGAGGCUUUACCUCCGAAGCAGAGGAAGUAGCUUCCGUUAAGGAUCUUCGAUUUGAGCCGCCGCUGAAAAUCGUGGAAUAUCCGGACCCGAUAUUGAGAGCGAGAAAUAAACGCAUUGAGACAUUUGAUGACAAUUUGAAGAAAUUGGUUGAUGAGAUGAUCGAAGUUAUGUACAAAACCGAUGGAUAUGGGCUCUCAGCACCGCAGGUAGGAGUUAAUGUUCAACUUAUGGUGUUUAAUCCAGCUGGUGAGGAGGAUGAGGGACAGGAAAUUGUCCUUGUAAACCCAAAAGUUAACAAAUAUUCAAAGAAGACACGGCUUUUUGAGGAAGGCUGCCUAUCGUUUCCAGGGAUCUAUGCUGAUGUUGAGAGACCAGAAUCUUUAAAGAUUGAUGCACAAGACAUCAAUGGUGCUAGGUUUACAGUAGACAUGUCAGGUCUUACUGCACGGAUAUUCCAACAUGAAUUUGACCAUUUGCAGGUAAUUUGUUCAAUAUAAAUAUCACAAUACUUUUGUUCAUUUAACA